AAAGACCUCAAAAUAUCGAUGUCUUCUUCAUUUUCUUGUUCAGACCGACGUCUUUGUUGUGUCGAUUCGAUCUGCUUCAAGUGUUUGCUACGUGAUUGCUGUCUGUACAUGUACCUCACGGCUAGACGCUGGUGGCCGUUGACAAGCUAGUCACACACAGUUGAUAUAACUUUUUUUAUGCACAGAAAUCGAGCUCGACAAAGAUAGGCUUUAGUUUAGGAACUGAUCUUUCCAGUGGUAGUAUUAUCCGGAGAACCAGUUCUCACCUUGACUACGAUAUUCCUCUGCUGGAGCUGGUGCUGUACUGUAGCUAUUCAGGAUCUAGAGCAAGGGGAGUACUGUGGUGUUGGUGGCCCAUGGUGCACAGUGACUGCUAGUGCUUUCUUACUACUUUGCAAUGGCAAGCGGUGGUGGUGCAGGCGCUGUGCCGAUGCGCCAGGUGCAUGCUGGCAGCUCGGGUGCCAUCCCUGCGCCUGCCAUCGUCUGGAUAUCGAACACAGAUCUUUUCAACAAGCUACAGUUUGGCAGCAAUAUGAUGCUAGUAGAUCUUCAGAAGAGGGAGUGCUUUGACAAAUAUCAUGUGCGCAGUGCGCUCAACAUUGAUUGGAACAGGGCGUUACAGUUUGCUGAGGAGAAUGAGGACUUCAGCAGCCCGACAGCGAUACUGAAUCAUGUGUCUGACAUCCACGACCGGCGAUUCCGCUUACGGCCGUAUUGCGAAGUGAUUGUGUAUGCUGGUGGGGAUAACUCACUGCCUCGUGCCGAUCGUGCUAGUGAUGAUGCUGCACCUGCUGUUGCUGCCGCUGCUGCCGCUUGUGCCGUAACGGGUACGAGUGAUGAUGACGAUGAUGACGGUGCAGUCAUGUCAAGUCGUGAGCUAGUCGUCUCAUUUGCCGAGUGUCUGCUUUCUGAGAAGAAAAUCACCAAGGACAUCCUGCUUGUUGAGGGUGGUAUAGAAUUGAUCAUGGACACUCGGCCAUACUUAGUGAAAGGCACCGACUCAUUCGCUGACGUUCAGUUCCCGAAUGAAAUUGUAGAGGACUUCAUGUAUUUAGGGAGUUUCAAUGCAGCGGCGAAUCGCCAGUGUAUCGACUUGCUGGGAAUCACUCACGUUCUGAAUGCUACCAACGCAUGUGAGUCCGUGUUCCAGGGUGAACUUAAGUACCUACAGUGUGAAGUUGAAGAUGACUUGCUAUCGGACAUUGAACAGUAUUUUGAACCAGCGUUGGCAUUCAUUGAAGAGGCUAUGUCCAAUGAUGGAAGCCGCAUUCUUAUUCACUGCAAAAUGGGAAUGAGCCGUUCUGCAGCGUUUGUCAUUCUCUUCCUGAUGAAGUCACGGCGCAUGUCACUACGCAAGGCGUACAAUUUCGUAAAGACCAUUAGGCCAUUUGUCAAUCCCAACCCGUCAUUCCUGAAGCAGCUAGCCGUAUAUGAGACACAGUUAUUUGGCUCAAGUACAAUUCGCUUCCCGGACGAGCCGCUCACCCUGGGCACGCUGUUUGAGUGGCUGCAGGACGAUGGCAAGACCUGGGUAAAGCGUGUUGUGGUCAGCAAGGCGUCAGGAUGAUCUGUGAUUGCCCCAGAUCUACCCUAGUACCCUAGCGCAUUGUGAUUUCUUCACUCUGCCCUGUCUUACUCAUUGUCCUGAGGACUUUUAUGACUUUCCCUUACCCGGACCGGAGUGUUGAGUGAGUUGUAUUCCGCCGCUCCUUUCGGUGUGUGCGUGUGUGUGUGUGUAUGUGUGUGUGUAUGUGUGUGUGCGUGCGAGUGUGUACACAUGUGCGGGCACGUGUAGUAAUUUAGUAUCAAGUAGUACAGGUUCAAUUUACACUUGUCCACUAGUCGUCUAGACCACACUCAAUUUGCUUCUCUCUCUCUCAACCAUACAGAGUAUACAUUUGACCCAUUACACCUACUGUUCCUUUUCUAACUGCAUUAUCGAAGACUUACUCCAUCCGCCUUUUAUAGACCGAAUAUGUUACUCGUACCGUCGACCUCUGCUCCGGUUCCCGCCAAUCCCCGACCUUGCUUUUCUCUCCGCUACUUUCUCAUCUUGCCUGUGAGCACUGCGUGUCUUGUCUCCGUGCUCUAGCCACAGGUUCAUGCCGUGCUGGCUGUCUCAUACAGUUUCUAGUGCCGUGGUUGGCUAUAAAACCCCUGCAAUCGCCACGCAAAGUGCUCAUUGACUACCCCAGCCAUGUAUUGCUUGGAAAAAAUAGAUAAAUAAAUAGUGAUGCCGGCGCUGCUUCGUUGUUUGGUUAUCUAGAUUAGAUAUUUGGAUUCUGUCUUCUGAUUUCCACCAUGAAUUGCUGUCCGAAUUGCCACAGCUAUACUAGUGCAAUGUACAUACUAGUGGUACGUUUUUGAUCUAUGAUCCACUGA